CGCGGGAGGAAGGAACACACUUUAUCAGCAAGGGUGAGGGCAAGAGGCUAGCAGGAUGUAGGCCGGAGAAUUGUCAGACCUGUUGGUGGCUUCUGCCACCGGAAGAAUUUAGAACAUAAAAUAGAUGAUGGAUUUGGGACAAUAGAUUCUGCACCCAGAGCUUCUGUCACUUGGUUACUUUUAAAAUUAAGAUUGCCUGGUGUUAGUUGGGUUCUGAGAUUAUCCAAUCCCUGUCGCUCUGGUUUACAAAGUUGUCCAAGAUCAGCCCAGACCCAUAUGCUCUGGGUUCCUAAGGCUGCUGCGCGCUGGCUCAGUGCCCUUCUCCAGAUCCUGCUCCUGAAUGCCUGCUUCUCCUGGACUUGGACCCUUGUGGGCUCACACUCCCUGCGGUAUUUCUCCACUGUCAUGUCCUGGCCCGGCCUCCGGGAGCCAAGGAUAAUAGUCAGCGGCUACAUAGAUAAUAUGGAGUUCCUGCGCUUGGACAGCGACGCCGAAACUCCAAGGGUGAAGCCCCUAGUACCAUGGCUGGAGCAGGAGGGGCUGGAAUACUUGGAGCAGCAGAUUCAUAGAAUCAGGACUCAAGCACAACAGUCUGAAAGGAACCUGAUGACGCUGGUUCGUUUUUACAAUAAGAGCAUGGACGACUUCCACACACUACAGUGGCAGCAAGGCUGCGAUGUGGGGUCAGAUGGGCGCCUGCUUCACUGGUACGACCAGCUCGCCUUUGAUGGCAUAGAUCACCCCACCCUGAACAAAGACCUGCGUUUCUGGACAGCGUGGACCAGCACUGUAGCUCAGAUCUCUCAGCCCGAGUUAGAAGCUCGCCUGAAGGACAACUGCUCAGAGCUGCUGCAGAAAUACCCAGAAAAGGAGAAGGAGAGGCUGCUGCGUUCAGACCCGCCAAGGGCACAUGUGACCCGGCACCCCAGACCUGAAAGUGAUGUGACCCUGAGGUGCUGGGCCCUGGGUUUCUACCCUGCUGACAUCACCCUGACCUGGCAGUUGAAUGGGGAGGACCUGAUCCAAGAAAUGGAGUUUGUGGAGACCAGGCCUGCAGGGGAUGGAACCUUCCAGAAGUGGGCAUCUGUGGUGGUGCCUCUAGGGAAGGAGCAGAAGUACACAUGCCUUGUGGAGCAUGAGGGGCUGUCAGAGCCGCUCACCCUGAGAUGGGAGCCUGCCCAGGACUCCACCACUACAAUCAUUCUAAUUAUUCUACCCACUGUCUCUGCAAUUGCCCUCUGCGUUGCUGCUGUGGCAACUUGCAUAUGCCUGAAGAAGAAGGCAGGUGAAAGAGGAAGGCACGACACCCAGGAAGCAGAUGGAGACAGUCCCCAAGACUCUAGCAAGAUUGUUGUGGAUGAUCAGGUAAGACAUGGGGUGGCACAGAGGACUCACGAUGGGGGUGUAGAAUCUUCGGAUUUGGGCACUCUGAGUGAGGAGCAAGAUAUUUGGGACAUCGCCAGUUAACGAUAACGGCCCUGAAUCUGCUUUGACUCUUGCAGGAGAUGGAGGAUCCCUUUUGGAAUACUGAGAACUACAGAACUCAUCUAGGAUACCGCUCUGGGACUUUAGGAUUUCUAAGCUUGUCACCCUAAAAGAGGUACCAGCCUGUCCUCCCUGCUCCAGCAGAACACUAGAGUCCCCCUGCCUCUCCUUCAUGACCAGGGCAGGAGCAGGCCAGUUCUUACCACACUGGACAGAAACUGGUCCCUCCUUUCUGUCUUGAAGAUCUGUCCACCUCUCUCUUCUCUAAGUGGCUUCUUGUCUGGCAUUUUGCCAUGUUGUCAAGGGACCCAGAGAAGGGGCCAAGCUCCAUCCUCUCACACACCUCAUUCUGGCUACUACCCCCAAUGUUUCAGUGACAUUUAAUCAGGUCAAGUUGGGACCAAUGACUUUGAUGCAGAAAAGAAUUGUGGACUAGUAGAGAUGGGGUUUAAUAAAAAAAUUCUAUUUUUGGUAUUUUAA